CAUGGUGUAUAAUCUUUUUAACGUUAUGGUGGUUUGAAUGAGAAUGGCUCCUAUAGGCUAAUAGAUGUGAAUCCUUGGUCACCAGAAUGGCACUAUUUGAAAAGAUUAGGGAGUAUGGCCUAGUUGGAGGUCACUGGCAGUAGGCUUUGAGGUUCCAAAAAGUACUUCCCAAGCUCAGAUUCUCUUUCUUCCUGCCGCCUGUGGAUCUGGAUGUAGAGGUGUCAACUACUGCCUGCCCCUCUGCCCUCUGACAGAGCUAAACCUGUGAAAUUGGUAAAUGCUUUCCUUGAUAAGAGUCACUGUGGUCAUGGUCAUGCUUCUUCAUAGACAAAUAUUUUACUGAAACGUUUUACAUCUAUGUUCAUAAGGAAUAUUGGUCUGUAAUUCUCUUUUUGGGGGUGUCCUUGUGUGGUUUUGGAUUAGGGUAAUAGUGGCAUUGACUCCAUCACACACAUCAAAUAAUUUUUUUCAGUUAAAUGACCAAAUUUGUUAACUGGCAAAGGGUUUGAAUAGGUAUUUAAUAAAAAAAAACUUUUAAAAAGAGACUACUGAUGGAGACAGGUUGUCCAAGGAUGUUCUUCACAGAUUAACGUCGGUUAAUGAUGAUUUGAUUUAUAUCUAUAAAAUCUCUUCACUGGAUCACUAAAUUAAUUCGUGUUUGCCUUCCCUUUUGUCCUUGUGUUUUAGCCUAGUGAAAGUAGCAUGAAAAGCCCUAUCACAUAAACAUGCAAGUAUUUUGUUUUAUGCACACAGAUACUUGGUUUAACAUGCUACAGCGUUCUAUAACGUUCAUUCUCUUACUGAAGUCACACAUAUGGAGCACUUACUGUGUGCCGGACACGGGAGUACAUGAUGCUUCAUCAUUAAACAAUAUCUGAGAUGGCGACUAGCACACAGAAGAUACUCACAUGUUGCUUAAAAAAUCAAUAAAUUUACCAUCUGGAAACUGAAAAAAAAAUCAGCUUUAGAGGAGAUAUCUGCACUGGGCCUGAGAAGCACGCUCUGAACUAAAUUGUGGUCUGCUAUGCCUCCUUUCCUCCAAGGCUGGGGCAAGAAGGGUGUUUUUGAGAACAAACCCUGUUGCUUUGCUGUUCUGCCAGGGAGAGAAGAAAAUUUAGCACUAUAAUCUCCAAAACCUUCAGUACCAAGCAGUUCCUCAGAGUGGACAACCUUGCAAAUAGGAAAAAUGAGCUAAUCCUGACAAAAUCACUGAUGCAGAUAUACUCAGGGGAAAAUCUGUAGGGACUUGGUGGGAGAAAUAAGGCCCGGGAAGAAGGAAAGUGUUUAAACACUAUUCCCCACUCUUGGCCUGGCCUUUGAAAAUACCAACUUAAGAUUGAUAGUUCCAGCUAUCCCUAGAACACCAGAGGAAUGGAUGUAGCGUGUGGCAAGACAAGGUGUUAAAUGUGGCAGGUCAUGUCUGAUGAAACAAGCCAGACAUGGAUCUCAUGGGUUCUCCUGGCAGGGGUUUUAUUUGAACGCAAACACAGUGAUAAAGUAGAAAAGACAAUAGCUGAGUGGAGCAAAGGAGCCAGUGUGGGGAGAGCACAGGAGAGAGUGAGUACAGGAGUGACAGAAGGCUCAGAGUGAAACCAUUAGGUAUGCAAACAGACACAAAAUAUUCCACAAUAUUUUAUUCGUCCCUCAUAAUCUUCUUGGACUAUACAUUGGUGUUUCAGGUUACAACAUUCCUUCCUUAAACAUAGAUGCAAAGUUUGCAUACCUUAACCUGUUUGAUUUUUGGUAAGGACUUCCUGAAAGUGUCGUAUAAACAAACAGCAAAUAUAAGAACAAGAUAAAUUGUAUUGAGGCUUGGUUACAGUAGUUUCAUAAAGUCACUUUGGGGACACUUGAAGACUAUUCUUCAUUGACAAUGAAUAUUUAUAUAAAUCUAUAUAUUCUCCAAUGGAUCCAAUUUUCUACUCAUGCCUUUUCCUGUAAUUUGAAAAUCUUGAUUUCCUGGACUCCUUUCAAGGUAAGGCAGUUAGUUAAACAGCAACAACAGCAACAAAAACCAACUUGGCCUCAAUUCGCUUGAGUUAAAAACAGUGUAACUGUUUAUCUUGAGUCUGUCUUAGUUCAGCAACGGCCUCUCCUAGCAACCUUCAUCCAGCCCUUCUGGUAGGUCAUACAGUUUCCAUGGUGACUAUGUUGUUUCUACUGGAUUGCUGUAGCCCUUCAGGAGAGAAACUCUUGUCUGUCUCUGAGUGGCAAACGAGAAGAAUCAGAUAGCAAGUGGCUAGCAGAGCUGUGUUUAGAAUUCCUGCCCACUCCUCUCAACUGCCAUUCUUUAACCACUACCGCACUUGAGUAUAGAGUAUUUAGAUCCUUAGGAGACCAAGAUGUCAGAUCCUAACAAAACUGCCAUUACAGCAGAAAAGGAAGCUUUGAACUUGAAGUUGCCCCCUAUUGUUCAUCCCCCCAAAAACAUAGGUGUUGACACACCAAAACAAAGUGAGUUGCUAAAUUACCGAAGAUCUAAGGAACAGCAGAAGAAAAUCAAUCAAUUAGUAAUUUCUGCAGCUAAAAAAAGUCUAGAUAAAACCCUGGAUAAAAGAAUCCCCCCGUUACCGGAGCCAGACUUCCCUCCAACGAUGACCAGUGAAAUUAAAAAAAAAGGAUUAAACUACAUAUUCAUGAAGCAGUGUGUAGAGAGUAGCCCUAUAGUACCGAUUCAGCCACAGUGGCUGGACCACAUGUUAAUGCUGAUACCUGAGCACCUAAAGGAAGGGAAAAAAAGAGAAGAACUGCUCGGAAGUCUCAUAAAUGAGGUGUCAAUGGACUUUGAAAAAAGCAUGAAGAGAUAUUUGGUACAGAGUGUUCUUGUGAAACCUCCAGUUAAAUGGCUUGAAGAUGAAUGGGGCCCUUUGCCUGAAUCUCCUGAAGGACUAGAUUAUUCCAAUCCUUGGCAUUCUAACUUUGUGCAGGCAAGAAGUCAAAUAUUAGCUAAUUUGCACAUUGUUCAUCCAACUAUGAAACUAUUACUGGAGCUUGGUUAUACAACAUUUUCUGACAUAAUUCUGCUGGACUUAACAGGAAUUCGAGAUAGAGGCCCAAUUGACUGCGAAGCACUGAGAAAUGAUCUGUCAAUUCAAGCGAGAAAGGCAGAAGAGAGGAUAAUGAACACGUGGUAUCCAAAGGUCAUAAAUCUCUUUACUAAGAAGGAGGCGCUAGAAGGCAUCAAGCCUGAAAAAGUGGACUCCUUUUAUAACUGUGUUUCAAUACUUAUGUCAAAUCAGCUAAAAGAUCUCUUAUGGAGAACUGUAGAAGAAUUUGUAAGACUCUUUGAUUCAAGAUAUAUACUCAGGCUUCCAAUAUUCAAGAUGGAAUUGACAUUUGAUGACGAUAAAAUGGAAUUUUAUCCCACCUUUCAAGAUUUGGAAGACGUUGUCUUGGGUUUGAUAGAACGGAUAUCUGAAACUUUGCAGACUGUCCAAACAGUGCCUUCUUGGCUGUCAGGAACUACAGCGCCUGUCAAUCUUGAUACAGAACUUCCAGAACAUGUGAUGUACUGGGCUCUCAGUACACUGAGGAUAGCAGUACAUCAGAACUUAGAAGGUGUAAGAGCACAUUAUAAAACAUACGUUACAAACUACAACUGGCUCCUUGAUGGGACAGCAACAAAGAUGAUAGAGAGAUUUCAGUCAGAAAACCAUACUUUUGAUGAAUACACAGAAUUUAUAGAAAGAUUUUUCAGUCUUGCUUCAGAAAUAAUGCUUUUGCCUCAGUGGGCUCAUUAUCCUAUGGUUCGUUUGGACUGUGAAGACUUGAAGACAGGCUUGACAAAUAAAGCAAAAGCCUUUGCAAACAUUUUAUUAAAUGACAUCGCUUCAAAACAUAGAAAAGAAAAUGAAUCUAUUUGCAGUGAAUUUGAAACAAUUAAAGAGCAUGCUCUACGAGUUCCUGAGACAACAGAAGAAAUGAUGGAACUAAUUGCUUUCAUAGAAAAAGCUCGAACCACAGGAAUUCAGAACUUGGCUCAAAGGAUCCAGGAAUCUAAACGCCAAAUGGGUUACUUUUUAGAUACUUUUCUAUUGUCUCAAGAAGAUUUAAAUUUAAAUGCAAGUGUCCUCUUGUGGCCUAGUAAAAUUAACCCCGUCUUUGAUGAGAAUGAUGAACUCAUUGAGAAUUCUAAACGUACGAAAGAAAAUGAACUAAUAGCCAAGAGAGAGAAACUGAUUUUGGAAAUAGAAAAAGAGUCGCGCCGCAUGGAGGAGUUCACAGAGUUUGCAGAACUGGACCGCAUGCAACAGUAUGUGGCAGAUGUAAGACAUCUACAGAAACGUAUUCAGGAUUCGGAAGAAGCUGUCCAGUUUAUUAAUAAAGAAGAGGAACUUUUCAAAUGGGAAUUGACAAAGUAUCCUGAACUGGAAAAAUUAAAAGUCACCAUUGAACCCUACCAGAAGUUUUUCAAUUUUGUUCUGAAGUGGCAGCGAACAGAAAAACGGUGGAUGGAUGGAGGGUUUCUGGACCUUAACGGAGAAAGCAUGGAAGCUGAUAUAGAUGAGUUUUCCCGAGAAGUUUUUAAGACACUGAAGUUCUUCCAAACUAAGCAAAAGAAAGAAUUACAAGAAAAAAGAAAGGCAGCAAGAAAGCGAUCUUUGAUGGAAGAGAAACCCGAAGAAGAACCAAAGGAGAGUCCUACAAUUACAAUGUGUGCUACAGUAAUGGAGCAGAUAAAGGUCUUUAAGGAAUAUAUCCCUACAGUCUCCAUCCUGUGCAACCCAGGAAUGAGAGCUCGUCACUGGAAACAGAUGUCAGAAAUUGUGGGCUAUGACUUGACUCCAGAUUCUGGAACUACACUGAGAAAAGUUUUGAAAUUAAACCUUACACCAUAUUUAGAAAGUUUUGAAGUUAUAAGUGCUGGUGCGAGUAAGGAAUUUUCCUUAGAGAGGGCCAUGAAUGCUAUGAUAGCAACUUGGGAUGAUAUUUCUUUUCAUAUAAGUCUAUAUCGUGAUACUGGAGUCUAUAUCCUUUCUUCAGUGGACGAGAUUCAGGCAAUUCUUGAUGAUCAGAUUAUAAAAACACAGACAAUGAGAGGUUCACCUUUUAUCAAACCAUUUGAAAAUGAAAUCAAGGCCUGGGAAGACCGUCUGAUUCGAAUCCAGGAGACCAUUGAUGAGUGGUUGAAAGUGCAAGCUCAGUGGCUGUACUUAGAGCCCAUCUUCUGUUCUGAGGACAUCAUGCAGCAGAUGCCAGAGGAAGGGCGGCAGUUUCAGACAGUAGACAGACACUGGAAGGAUAUCAUGAAGUUCUGUGCUAAAGAUCCAAAGGUUCUUGCUGCUACUUCUUUAACAGGCUUGUUGGAAAAACUACAGAAUUGCAAUGACCUUCUGGAUAAAAUCAUGAAAGGACUGAAUGCAUACCUUGAGAAGAAGCGACUUUUCUUCCCUCGCUUUUUCUUUUUAUCUAAUGAUGAAAUGCUAGAGAUUUUGUCAGAGACCAAAGAUCCACUCAGAGUUCAGCCACACUUAAAAAAAUGCUUUGAGGGCAUCGCUAAGUUGGAGUUCCUGACUAAUCUGGAUAUUAAAGCCAUGUACAGCUCUGAGGGUGAACGAGUGGAGCUGAUUUCAGUGAUUUCCACGUCUGCAGCGAGGGGUGCCGUAGAGAAAUGGCUCAUUCAAGUAGAAGACCUAAUGCUCAGAAGUAUCCAUGAUGUGAUUGCUGCAUCUAGACUGGCUUACCCAGAAUCUGCAAGGAAAGACUGGGUCAGAGAGUGGCCUGGCCAGGUUGUUCUUUGUGUGUCUCAGAUGUUCUGGACUUCUGAGACACAGGAAGUCAUAAGUGGUGGAAACGAGGGGUUAAAGAAGUACUACAAGGAACUCCAGUAUCAACUAAAUGACAUUGUGGAGCUGGUGAGAGGGAAGUUAUCUAAGCAGACCAGGAUCACUCUGGGGGCUUUGGUUACGAUUGAUGUCCACGCUAGAGAUGUUGUCAUGGACAUGAUUGAUAUGGGUGUCUCACAUGAUACAGAUUUCCAGUGGCUCGCUCAACUUCGUUAUUACUGGGAAUAUGAGAACGCUCGAGUUCGUAUUGUCAACUGCAAUGUCAAAUACGCUUAUGAGUAUCUUGGUAACUCACCACGACUUGUCAUAACUCCUUUAACUGACAGAUGUUACAGAACAUUGAUAGGUGCCUUCUAUUUAAACCUUGGAGGUGCUCCAGAAGGGCCAGCGGGCACAGGAAAAACGGAGACCACCAAGGACCUGGCGAAAGCCCUUGCUGUGCAGUGUGUCGUGUUCAACUGCUCCGACGGGCUGGACUAUCUAGCGAUGGGAAAGUUUUUUAAAGGCCUGGCUUCUUCAGGCGCCUGGGCUUGCUUUGAUGAAUUUAACCGCAUUGAACUGGAAGUGCUGUCCGUGGUGGCACAGCAGAUCCUUUGCAUCCAGAGAGCUAUUCAGCAGAAACUGGAAGUGUUUGUCUUUGAAGGGACAGAACUUAGGCUCAAUCCAAACUGUUUUGUGGCCAUCACCAUGAAUCCUGGCUAUGCAGGACGUUCUGAAUUGCCAGACAACCUCAAGGUUCUUUUCAGAACAGUAGCUAUGAUGGUUCCAAACUACGCCCUCAUCGCAGAAAUCUCCCUUUACUCCUAUGGGUUUCUAAACGCAAAGCCUCUGUCUGUGAAGAUAGUGAUGACCUACCGGCUGUGCUCCGAGCAGCUGUCCUCGCAGUUCCAUUACGACUAUGGGAUGCGAGCAGUGAAAGCCGUGUUAGUGGCAGCUGGGAACCUAAAAUUGAAAUACCCCAAUGAAAACGAGGACAUACUGCUUCUUCGAUCAAUUAAAGAUGUAAAUGAACCAAAGUUUCUCUCACACGACAUACCUUUAUUUAAUGGAAUAACUAGUGAUUUAUUUCCUGGUAUUAAGCUUCCUGAAGCUGACUACCAAGAAUUUUUGGAAUGUGCAUAUGAAGCCUGCGAAACACAAAAUCUUCAGCCUGUUAAAUUUUUUCUUGAAAAAAUUAUUCAGACAUAUGAAAUGAUGAUUGUUCGACAUGGUUUCAUGUUGGUAGGAGAGCCUUUUGCUGCUAAGACAGAAGUGCUGCAUAUUCUGGCUGACACUUUAACUCUUAUGAAUGAACGCAACUAUGGAGACGAAGAAAAGGUCAUGUAUAGGACUGUAAACCCCAAAUCAAUUACUAUGGGCCAACUUUUUGGGCAGUUUGACCCAGUGUCUCAUGAGUGGACGGAUGGUAUCGUGGCAAACACGUUUAGAGAAUUUGCCUUAGCGGAAUCACCUGACCGGAAAUGGGUUGUGUUCGAUGGCCCCAUUGAUACUCUGUGGAUAGAGAGCAUGAAUACAGUACUGGAUGAUAACAAAAAGCUUUGCCUUAUGAGCGGAGAAAUCAUUCAAAUGUCCCCUCAAAUGAGCCUCAUCUUUGAAACAAUGGACCUUUCACAGGCUUCGCCAGCCACCGUGAGUCGCUGCGGCAUGAUUUAUUUGGAGCCUUCACAGUUAGGAUGGGAACCAAUUGUGGCUUCAUGGUUGAACUCACUGAAAGAGCCUCUAAAUGAACUAGAACAUCAGAAUCUGCUGAAAGAACUUUUUAACUGGCUAGUGCAGCCUUCUCUAGAGUUUCGCAGGAAGAAAUGCAAGGAAUUGAUCCCUACAGGUAACAUCAAUGCGGUUGUGGCACUCACGCGCCUCAUUGAAAUCCUGCUCUGUACUGUGGUGGAAAAUGAUCCCAGUAGCAAGCACAUCCGUGUCUGGAUUAUGGCCACCUUUGUAUUCUCUUUGAUUUGGUCAGUUGGAGCAAGUUGUGAUACAGAUGGUCGUCUUGCUUUUGAUAAUUUCCUACGGUCACUUGUAACAGGAAAAAAUGACAAAGCCCCAAUGCCAGUCUUCAUCAAUAAAUGGGAAUGCCCAUUUGAUGAAAAGGGCCUGGUCUACGACUACAUGUAUGAGUUAAGAAACCGAGGUCGCUGGAUCCAUUGGAAUGACUUAAUUAAAAGUUCUGAUAUAGAAGACAGACGUACCAAGAUUCAAGAUAUUAUAGUCCCUACAAUGGACACGAUUAGAUAUACUUUCCUAAUGGAUUUGUGCAUUUCCCAUGCAAAGCCGCUGCUCUUUGUGGGUCCCACUGGCACAGGAAAGUCAGUGUACGUGAAGGAUAAGCUAAUGAAUCACUUGGAAAAGGGAAAGUACUUUCCUUUCUAUGUUAAUUUCUCCGCACGGACCAGUGCCAAUCAGGUUCAGAACAUUAUUAUGGCUAGAUUGGACAAAAGGCGCAAGGGAGUAUUUGGACCACCUAUGGGAAAGAAGUGUGUAGUGUUCAUAGAUGAUAUGAAUAUGCCUUCACUGGAGAAAUAUGGAGCCCAACCUCCUAUUGAGUUAUUACGCCAGUUUUUUGACUGUGGACAUUGGUAUGACCUUAAGGACACCACCAAAAUCACACUGGUUGAUAUAGAGCUCAUAGCUGCCAUGGGGCCUCCAGGCGGCGGAAGGAAUGCCGUCACCCCGCGUUUCAUCCGACAUUUCAACAUCUGCACCAUCAAUUCCUUCAGCGACGAAACUAUGGUCCGAAUUUUCUCAUCAAUCAUGAUGUUCUACCUUAGGACUCAUGAUUUUUCUCCAGAGUACUUUGUACUCGGACACCAAAUAGUUAGUGCGACUAUGGAGAUAUAUAAACAAUCUAUGGGAAAUCUUUUGCCCACUCCUGCAAAAUCUCACUAUACUUUUAACCUGCGUGACUUCUCACGUGUCAUCCGGGGCUGCUUACUCAUUGAUAAAGAGGCCAUAGAGAGCAAACACACUAUGAUCCGCCUGUUUGUGCAUGAGGUUCUCCGCGUGUUUUAUGAUCGUCUUAUUAAUGAUGAAGAUCGGAAUUGGCUCUUCCUAUUAAUUAAGAAUGUUAUAAAAGACCACUUUAAGGAGUCACUUGAAAAUGUCUUUAGUCAUCUGAGGAGAGGGAACUCCUCCAUAAAUGAAGAAGACUUACGAAACCUCAUGUUUGGGGAUUAUAUGAACCCUGAUCUAGAAGGAGAUGAUCGGGUUUAUAUUGAAAUUCUGAAUAUUCACCAGUUUAAUGAAGUUGUUGACCAGUGUUUAGAUGAGUAUAAUCAAACUCACAAAAGAAGAAUGAAUCUUGUUGUGUUUAGGUAUGUUCUGGAACAUUUGUCAAGAAUAUGCCGCAUCCUAAAGCAGUCUGGUGGCAACGCUUUGCUCAUUGGGCUUGGAGGAAGCGGCCGGCAGUCUCUGACUAGUCUGGCUACAUCUAUGGCAAAAAUGCAGAUUUUCCAACCAGAAAUUUCUAAGAGUUACGGCAUGAAUGAGUGGAGAGAGGAUAUUAAGUCCUUGUUGAGAAAUGUUGGUGUGAAAGGCCAGAAGACCGUCUUCCUGAUCACAGACACUCAGAUUAAGGAGGAAGCUUUCCUAGAGGACAUCGACAGUGUGCUCAACACUGGUGAAGUUCCUAACAUUUUUGCAGCAGACGAGAAGCAAGAAGUGAUGGAGGGUGUCCGUCCAGUAGCUCAGGUGGGCAAUAAACAUGGUGAACUCAGUCCCUUAGCCCUGUUUGCCUUCUUUGUGAACCGUUGCAAAGAUAAUCUUCACGUCGUGGUGGCCUUCAGCCCUAUAGGAGAUGCCUUCCGAAAUCGUCUGAGACAAUUCCCAUCCCUCAUCAAUUGUUGUACUAUUGAUUGGUUUCAGCCGUGGCCUGAAGAUGCCCUGGAACGUGUAGCUGUGAGUUUCCUAGAAACCGUGGAGCUCACUGAGGUGGAGCGGCACGAGAUAGUCCCGAUCUGUAAACACUUUCACACUUCCAUUAUGAAUCUUUCAGAAAGGUUCUUAGAAGAGCUGGGACGACAUAACUAUGUUACUGCUACUUCUUACCUUGAACUGAUUGGCUCAUUUCGGCAGCUUUUAACCAAGAAGCGGCAGUCUGUCAUGGAAGCAAAACAGCGCUAUGUGAACGGACUUGACCAGUUAGCUUUCGCCGAGUCUCAGGUUGGCGAAAUGAAACUGGAGCUGGUUGAGUUACAGCCCAAACUGGAGGCAGCGAAAGUUGAAAAUGCACGUAUGAUGCAGAUAAUUGAGAUAGAAUCUGCACAAGUAGAAGCAAAAAGAAAGAUUGUGAAGUUGGAUGAAGAAAUAGCCAGCGGGAAGGCUGAGGAAGCCCAGGCUCUGAAAAACGAGUGUGAGAGUGACCUGGCGGAGGCCAUUCCAGCCUUGGAAGCAGCGCUGUCUGCACUAGACACCCUUAAGGAAAGUCCAGCCGAUAUUACAAUUGUAAAAUCAAUGAAGAAUCCUCCAGCUGGGGUUAAACUAGUCAUGGCUGCUGUCUGCGUCAUGAAAGAUAUAAAGCCAGAAAAGAUUUCAGAUCCUUCAGGAACUGGAGGCAAGAUAUUUGAUUACUGGGGACCUAGCAAAAAACUCCUGGGAGAUAUGAAUUUUCUCCGAGAUUUGAGGGAGUAUGACAAGGAGAACAUUCCAGUGGCUGUUAUGCAGAAGAUUCGUAGCGAAUAUUUGACGAACCCUGAAUUUGAUCCCCCUAAGGUCGCUAAAGCCUCUUCUGCUGCUGAGGGUCUGUGCAAGUGGAUCAUGGCUAUGGAAGUGUAUGACAGAGUUGCAAAGGUGGUUGCUCCAAAGAAAGCUCGCUUAGCGGAGGCCCAGAAGUCCUUGGCAGAGACAAUGGAACUUUUGAAUCAGAAGAGGGGUGAACUGGCCCAAGUAGAGCAUCAUUUGGAAAACUUACAGAAGACUUUUCAAGAGAAGACGGAGGAAAAGGCAGCUCUGGAGGAUCAGGUGGAGCUGUGCGCUAAGAAGCUAGAACGAGCCACCAAGCUAAUUGGAGGGCUAGGCGGAGAAAAGUCAAGAUGGUCUCAAGCUGCAAAUGACCUUCAAGCAACAUAUGAAAACCUAACUGGUGACGUCUUGGUGUCAGCAGGAGUCAUAGCUUACCUUGGUGCUUUCACUUCUGGAUUUCGACAAGAAUGUACGGAAGAUUGGAGCAAGCUGUGCAAGGAGAAAAAAUUCCCGUGUUCAGAGGAGUUCUCAUUGAGUAAAACCUUGGGGGAUCCAGUCAAAAUUAGAGCUUGGAAUAUUGCUGGGCUACCAACAGACACGUUCUCCAUAGACAAUGGUGUGAUCGUUAACAAUUCUAGGCGGUGGCCUUUAAUGAUCGACCCCCAGGGUCAAGCAAAUAAGUGGAUCAAAAACUCUGAGAAAGAUAAUCAGCUCAGUGUUAUUAAGUUAUCAGACUCAGACUAUAUGAGAACCUUGGAAAACUGCAUUCAGUUGGGAACUCCAGUUCUCCUGGAAAAUGUUGGUGAAGAUUUGGAUCCCUCCUUGGAGCCUUUGUUACUCAGACAAACUUUUAAACAAGGUGGUAUUGACUGCAUCAGACUUGGUGAAGUCAUUAUUGAAUAUUCUUUUGAUUUUAAAUUUUAUAUCACCACAAAACUGAGAAAUCCACACUACAUGCCAGAACUGGCUACAAAAGUGUCUUUGCUCAAUUUCAUGAUAACUCCGGAAGGGCUGGAAGAUCAGCUACUAGGCAUUGUUGUUGCCAAGGAGAGACCAGAGUUAGAGGAGGAGCGAAAUGCUCUCAUUCUUCAGUCCGCAGCUAACAAGAAGCAGCUCAAAGACAUCGAGACAAGGAUUUUAGAAACACUGUCAUGUUCUGAAGGGAACAUUCUGGAAGAUGAAAGUGCGAUAAAAGUCUUAGACUCUGCCAAAAUGAUGUCUAAUGAGAUCACGAAGAAACAGCAGGUUGCAGAAAAAACAGAGCUCAAAAUAGCAGAGUCUCGAGAAGGCUACAGACCCAUCGCCAAACACUCGUCAGUGUUAUUCUUCAGCAUUGCAGACCUGGCCAACAUCGAUCCUAUGUACCAGUACUCCCUCACCUGGUUUGUGAACCUGUACAUCAACUCCAUUCACGACAGCAACAGAUCCAAAAUUUUGGAAAAACGCCUGCGCUAUCUAAAUGACCACUUCACAUACAACUUAUAUUGUAACAUAUGCCGAUCUCUGUUCGAGAAAGACAAGCUGCUGUUCUCCUUUUUAUUAUGUGCUAAUCUUCUCCUGGCCAAGAAAGAGAUUGAAUACCAGGAACUGAUGUUUCUUCUAACUGGAGGAGUAAGUCUUAAGAGUGCUGAAAAGAAUCCUGAUCCAAACUGGCUACAGGAUAAAAGCUGGGAGGAGAUCUGUCGAGCAAGUGAACUCCCAGUCUUCCAUGGACUCAGGGAGCAUUUUUGUAAUCACAUACGUGAGUGGGAGGAUAUUUACAACAGUAAAGAGCCGCACAAUAUGAAACUUCCAGAAUCAAUGGACAAGACGCUGAACGAGCUGCAGAAAAUAAUAAUUCUUCGCUGUCUAAGGCCUGAUAAGAUAACCCCAGCUAUAACAAAUUAUGUGACUGACAAACUAGGGAAAAAAUUUGUAGAGCCUCCACCAUUUGACUUGACAAAGAGUUAUUUGGAUUCAAAUUGCACCAUCCCUUUAAUUUUUGUGCUGUCUCCUGGAGCAGAUCCAAUGGCCAGCCUGCUGAAAUUUGCAAAUGAUAAAUCUAUGUCUGGAAAUAAAUUUCAAGCGAUUUCACUGGGACAAGGGCAAGGACCAGUAGCAACAAAAAUGAUUACAGCAGCAAUAGAAGAAGGAACUUGGGUUUGUCUACAAAACUGUCAUCUUGCUGUCUCCUGGAUGCCCACAUUGGAAAAAAUCUGUGAAGAUUUUUCACCUGAAAUCUGCAAUCCAACCUUUAGGCUUUGGCUCACAAGCUAUCCAUCUCCAAAAUUCCCAGUAACAAUUCUACAGAACGGAGUGAAGAUGACCAAUGAGCCUCCCACUGGCCUCCGGCUGAAUCUCCUUCAAUCAUAUCUCUCUGAUCCAAUUUCUGAUCCUGAGUUUUUCAAUGGAUGCCCCGGCAAAGAACUGGCAUGGGAGAAAUUGCUUUUUGGAGUUUGCUUUUUUCACGCCCUUGUUCAAGAGAGAAAGAAAUUCGGUCCUCUAGGCUGGAAUAUUCCAUAUGGAUUUAAUGAGUCUGACCUACGCAUCAGUAUCCGGCAGCUGCAGUUGUUUAUAAACGAAUAUGACACAAUCCCAUUCGAAGCUAUCUCUUACCUGACUGGGGAGUGUAACUAUGGAGGGAGAGUGACAGAUGACUGGGACCGGCGCCUCCUAUUAACCAUGCUGGCUGACUUUUACAACUCAUUAAUCAUUGAAAACCCUCACUACAAGUUCUCUCCCAGUGGAAACUACUUUGCGCCUCCCAAAGGCACUUAUGAUGAGUACAUUGAAUUCAUUAAGAAACUUCCGUUUACUCAGGAACCCGAGAUAUUUGGAUUACAUGAAAAUGUUGAUAUCUCCAAAGAUCUUCAGCAAACGAAACUCCUUUUUGAGUCCUUGCUCCUCACCCAGGGUGGCGUCAAGCAGACAGGCUCCUCGGGAAGCACUGACCAGAUCCUGUUAGAAAUUACUGAGGAUAUCCUCACACAGCUCCCAAACGAUUUUGACAUUGAAGCAGCACUAAGGAGUUAUCCUGUGAGGUACGAAGAGAGCAUGAAUACUGUGUUAGUGCAAGAAAUGGAACGCUUCAACAAUUUAAUUAUAACUAUCCGUAAUACUCUGCGGGACCUCAAAAAGGCGAUUAAAGGUGUAGUUGUGAUGGACUCUGCAUUGGAAGCACUUUCUGGCAGCUUGCUUAUUGGAAAGGUUCCAGAAAUGUGGGCACAGCGAUCGUACCCAAGUCUGAAGCCCCUUGGAAGUUACAUCACAGAUUUCCUGACCCGGCUGAAGUUUCUAGAGGAUUGGUUCACUAUGGGGAAACCCAAUGUGUUUUGGAUCUCUGGUUUCUUUUUCACCCAAGCCUUUUUAACUGGAGCUAUGCAGAAUUAUGCCAGAAAAUACACCAUCCCUAUUGAUUUGCUAGGCUACGAAUUUGAGGUGAUUCCUUCCGAUAACGCCACCAAUCCACCUGAAGACGGCGUUUAUAUUCAUGGACUGUAUCUUGAUGGCGCACGCUGGAACAGGACCAGUGGACUGCUGGCUGAACAACAUCCCAAACUUCUGUUUGACCUGAUGCCCAUCAUAUGGAUAAAACCAAAUGUAAAGACUGAGAUUGUGAAGACAGAUGCCUACGUCUGUCCCCUCUACAAGACAAGCGAACGUAAAGGAACUCUUUCCACGACAGGACACUCGACCAACUUUGUCAUUGCAAUGCUAUUGAGGACAGAACUGCCUGCUCAACACUGGAUCAAGCGCGGGGUGGCUCUGCUCUGUCAGUUGGAUAACUAAGUCAAGCGAGUUUAGAAAGUGUCUGAUCAUUUUUUUAAUUUUUCACCUACUUAAAAAAAAAAUCCCCAAA